AACUUUAUGGGGGAGCUGAACCUUUCUGGAGAUGAUAAGGAAGGAGUUACCUCUGCCACAGGGCUGGGAAGAAGCCAGAGAUGUUGAUGGGAAAAUCUAUUACAUUGAUCAUGCCAAUAAGACCACCAGCUGGAUAGACCCCAGGGACAGGUAUACAAAGCCAUUAACCUUUGCGGAUUGUAUUGGUGAUGAGCUGCCUUUGGGAUGGGAAGAGGCUUAUGACCCUCAAGUUGGCGUUUACUACAUUGACCACAACAGUCAAACCACACAGAUAGAGGACCCUCGGGUGCAAUGGCGAAGAGAACAGGAGCGCAUGUUGAAGGACUAUCUGGUACUUGCCCAGGAAGCCCUAGCAGCACAGAAGGAGAUUUACCAAGUCAAGCAACAGAGACUGGAGUUAGCUCAGCAGGAAUACAGGCAGCUGAAUGAUGUUUGGAAACACAAAUUAGGAUCUCAGACGAGCUUGGUGUCUGGCUCCUCAUCAAGCUCCAAGUAUGACCCUGACAUUCUUAAAGCUGAGAUUGCUACUACUAAAUCCAGGGUUAAUAAACUGAAGAGAGAAGUGGUGUACAUGCGGCAAGAACUUCACUAUAAGGAAAAUGGCUACCAAACAUUGAAACAGAUUGAUUCGAAAAUGUCAGGAAACCAUAUUGGCUACAAACUAGAUGAAGCCCAAGCAAUUUUGAAUGAAAUGAAAGCUAUCAAAAAAGCCAUCAGUUCUGGAGAAAAAGAGAAGCGGGAUCUAAUUCAGAGUCUUGCUAGAUUGAAAAAUGGAUUCUGCUUUGACAAAGGAUCUCAGUCAGAUCUGUGGGCCAGCGAUACAUCUUUAGGAGGUUCGAAUACUUCUCUUCCAAGACAGUAUCUCAAUGUUAGCUCGCAGACCGACGUUACAGGGAACCUUGCUGUCAUCAGUAAUAACCACUUGGCUGAGAAGGUCAGAUUACGACUUCGGUAUGAAGAAGCAAAGAGAAGGAUAGCCAACAUAAAGAUACAGCUGUCUAAAUUAGACAGUGAAGCCUGGCCGGGAGUUCUUGAUUCUGAAAGGGAUCGGCUUAUCUUAAUAAAUGAGAAAGAAGAACUCUUAAAGGAAAUGCGGUUUAUUAGUCCCAGAAAGUGGAGCCAGACUGAUGUGGAAAGACUAGAGACAGAAAAGCGGCGACUAGAAGAAGAUUUACAAGCUGCAAGAGACUCCCAAAGCAAAGCACUUACUGAAAGGUUAAAGAUGAACAGUAGAAGGAAUCAACUGGUCAGAGAACUGGAAGAGACAGCAAGAUUAAUUGCAACACUGCACACUCAAUUAAAGAGCCUCUCUGGCAGUACACAGUCACUUUCCUCAGGCAGCAGUCCAGGAUCAUUAGCAUCCAGUAGGGGAUCCCUAGUCACGUCUAGCCAAGACUCCUCAACAUCUGCCAGUUAUACUGACCUCUACCAUGAACAACUGGACCAGUUAGAUUCAGAAUACCAGAACAAAGUUGACUUCUUACUUCAGGAAGGAGCAGUUGGUUAUAGACCUUCUGGUUAUAUCACCACCAUUCAUGAAAAUGAGGUGGUGAAAUCUCAAAGGAUUGAUUCUGCAAACCGUGUUCAGGUUUUGAGGUCCUUAUCUGGAACGCCCAGGUCAAUGACAUCUCUAUCGCCUAGGUCUUCACUGUCGUCCCCUUCUCCGCCUUGUUCACCCCUUGUAACUGACCCAUUUUUAACUGGAGAUGUUUUCCUGAGCCAUGCAAAUGAUGAUGACAUUGACCUUAGCGUGCAUUUUUCCGAACUUGGGCUAACUGCUGGUGAAGAUGGCUACAACUUUGAAUCAGAAGACAAAAGUAAAGGAAAAGGUAUAAACUGCCUUGGUGUUAGCGGUUUAAAAGCAACCUGUGUAUCAUCUGCCAUGUCAGAUGAAUCUGUAGCCGGAGACAGUGGAGUGUACGAGCCUACUGCACAAAGGCUCUCAUUGGAAAAUACAGAAUAUGAUGCCGUGGAUUCUGAGACUGUAGGCACUGCUAAAAUCAAAGUCUGGAUGAAGUAUGAUGAGAAGAAACAUCAGUUUGCCGUAUUUAUUGUGCAGCUGGAGAAUCCUGGUGCUUUACUCUUACAGCAGGACCAGACGGUGUAUGUUCGUGUUGCCAUCCUUCCUUGUUCUGAAAGCACAAGCUGCUUGUUCCGGACAAGAACCCUGGAGCAAUCAGACUGCCUAUUAUACAAUGAAAUGUUUCUGGUGUCUGUAUCUCAUGCGGCUUUACAUCAGAAGACCCUACGAAUUGAUGCGUGCACUCUUCAUUCUAAUCAUCAUGAGGAAUGCUUGGGAGGCGCACAGAUAAGUUUAGCUGAUGUCUGCAGAUCAGGAGAAAAAGAAGUCUGUUGGUACAACCUCCUGAGCUACCGGUACCUGAAGAAACAGAACAGAAAACAUAAGCAGAGCAGUGGUCCCGAAAAGAGCGAUGCUGGGAAUCCGGACACUGUGUGUGCCCUUUUAGAGCAGACUGAGGUUGAACUAGAAGCUGUAGGAAAAGAGUUUGAGGACACCGGAGAGGCUGAAGAAGACAACUGGGAGUAUCAAGACACUUGCCAAGAUGAAGAAGGUGGCAGUGAGACUGAAGAAGGCGACGAGUUAGGUGAAAUCAUUGAAUGUGAAAUAGACGACUCAGCACAAUCAAUCGCACCAUCAGCACCAACAAAGGUAGAUAAAGAGACGAACACGGUUGGACUUGCGCAGCCCUCUACGGUUGUCCGUCCAAAAGACAAGCGGGCAGCUAACCCACUGCAGGCACCGUUCAUGAGAGGCAGUACUAUCAUACGCUCCAAGACCUUUUCUCCUGGGCCACAAAGCCAAUACAUUUGCCGGCUGAACCGCAGUGACAGUGACAGCUCGACACUAUCGAAAAAGCCUCCUUUUGUCCGGAAUGCUAUGGAGAGGCGCAGCAUGAGAGUGAAACGGCCAUCCGUGAAGUCCUCUGGCACAGAGCGUUUAAUUCGCACAUCCCUAGACUUGGAAUUAGAUCUGCAGGCUUCAAGGACGUGGCAUAAUCAGCUAACUCAAGAGAUCUCUGUACUCAGAGAGCUGAAAGAACAGCUAGAGCAAGCAAAACGUCAAGGUGAAAAUGAGCUGCCUCAGCGGGUGAAGGACGAUGACAGAUUUAAGCUUCUACUCAGACAAGUUGAGGAACAGGUACAGAAAAUUGAGCAGAAGUAUGAGAUGCAAGCAGAUAAGAUGUUGAGAUCGGCAGCUAAGGAUGUGCACAGGCUACGAGGGCAAAGCAGCAAAGAGCCUUUGGAAGUACGCUCAUUCAGGGAGAAGAUGGCUUUUUUCACCCGGCCAAGAAUAAACAUCCCAACUCUCGCCGCAGACGAUGUUUAGUAAUCACCAUAAAGUAUUUUUGUGUUUUUCUGUUCUGAGCACCACUGCUAAUGAAAUGCAGUUUGGUGCAGCUGAAGUUAAAAGUUGUGGUGUUAUGAAGGUACAGAGUCUAUUGUUGUUUCUUUUUAUGUUUUUUUUUAUUAUUAAUAUUAUUAUUGGAAAGGUCAUCGGAGCAAUAUGUUAACUUCUCUCCAGCAUUUUCAGAGAUAAAAUACAGACUGUAUUUUUAUUUUGUCUUAUCAUUACUACAAAACCAGCAUUAACUUUCCAUGUUUGUAUAGAUUGUAUAUUUAGGGUUGAAUUUUGUGAAAGAAACCAUUUUAAGAAAAUUGUGUCAUUCUGGCAAUUAAUUGAUGUUUUGUACAGAGCUAAAAUAGAGGGGUUUUACUGCAAUAAAUAAAAUAAUUUAAAAGAUAAAAAAAACCCUCAUUUUUAAAAUAUCGGAAAACUAAAUACCAGGGGAUCACAAUGGAGUCUGCUAUUGCCAUGAACCUUUGAAGCAUUUACAAUUAUUUUGUCUCCAAGAUCAGCAGAAAAUACAGACAUAUUAAAGAAUUAUUUUUUAAUGUGUAAAAGAAUGUCUGUAAGAGUUUUGUACCAAAUGUUCCAAACUUAAGUUCUAACUAACAAAUUGGAAAAUGCACAUUUUUUAUGACACGCUGUGCUACUGAAUUUAUUUUUAGAAGUUCUUAGUACAUUGUGGUACUGAUGUAGAUACAGUUACAAAAAUCACAUCUUAAAUUGGUCUUAGAUUAACUAACAAUACAUGGUUCAGAAAAAAAACAAAAAUCAACUUUUAUAAUAAAAAUCAUUCUUUCUGUUCA